CUCCAAUGCGAUUGAAUUAUUGCGGAUAAAUAUAUUAAAACGUGUACAAGAAGAAAGAUGGAAAGACUUUUUAUUGCAGCAUUUAUAUUGGUUGUAUAUGCUUCAGCUACUUACGCUUACCAUUAUGUUGGAUGUUACGAAGACAAAAGCAACAGAAUUUUGGGAGGAAAGUAUACUUCUGAUGGUAGAAUGACGGUGGAAAAAUGCGUUCAAACUUGCAGUUACGAGGGCGUCAACUUCGGCGGCGUUGAGUAUGCGCACCAAUGUUUCUGCGGUGAACGACUAAAAAGAGGUUACAGAAGACUUGCUGACAGUGCAUGUUCUACUAACUGUGCAGGAGAUUCCAGCCAAAAGUGUGGCGGAACAUGGAAGAUAUCCGUGUACGCAACAAACAACUAUAUUGGAUGUUUCGUUGACAAGCCUAGCAGAAUUCUUGAAGGUCCAAGCACCAGUAGUAGCCAGAUGACGACUAAGACAUGCCUCAAAUUCUGCAAGUACGCCGGGAAAAGAUUUGCUUUAACACAGUACUCCAGUCAAUGUUUUUGUGGAAAUAAUAUCAGCGACUACAAACAGAAAGAUGACAGCGAAUGCAAUUAUAACUGUGCUGGUGCAAAAACUGAAAAAUGUGGAGGCUUUUGGAGGGGGUCAUUGUACGUUUUAUAAUGAAACGCGACCAAGAAGAAGCGAGUACCAGAACAAAUGUGCCUUCAGCUAUAAAACUGUAUAUCUAGCAUAUCAUAUAAAACUCUCAACCUUAAGCCUGCUGGAAGCAAGUGAUUCUGCCUUUGCGACCAGUGCAGACCAUGAUCAGCCUGCACAUCCGUGCAGUCUGAUCAUGGUCUGCACUGUUCGCUAUUCAGUCAGUAAAUUUUCAGUGAGCACCCCUUUGAAUGACAAGUGGUACUGCCUAAAUUGAAUGACUGACCAGUCCAUUUUAGAAAUUUAGCAGGGUAAAGGUUAAAACUUAAUCUAUGAAAAUAUCUGACCGAAUCCUACGUUUUCAUUUUCAUAAAUUUUUAUCUUCAUAACACAUCGUAGAAGUAAACUGUACAUCUUUGUAUUAGAUGCAAUAUAUUUGU